UUAGGGGCGUGGCUCGUGUCUCAGGCUGCAGAGUAUAACUGUAUGAGCUGGACUUCCUGUCUCACACUGUGUUUCCUCUCUGCAGUGGGUCUCUGUCCUCCUGUCCGCGAUGGCGAAGCCUCUGAGCGACCACGAGAAGCGGAAACAGAUCAGCGUGCGCGGGAUCGCGGGUCUCGGGGACGUGGCCGAGAUCAAGAAGAGCUUCAACCGGCACGUGCACUUCACAUUGGUGAAGGACCGGAACGUGGCCACACCCCGGGAUUACUACUUCGCCCUGGCGCACACGGUGCGGGAUCACCUGGUGGGCCGCUGGAUCCGCACUCAGCAGCACUACUACGAGAAAGACCCCAAGAGGAUCCACUACCUCUCUCUGGAGUUCUACAUGGGCAGAACCCUGCAGAACACCAUGAUCAACCUCGGCCUGCAGAACGCCUGUGACGAAGCCAUUUACCAGCUUGGACUGGAUCUGGAAGAGCUGCAGGAGAUUGAGGAAGAUGCUGGACUGGGGAAUGGUGGACUGGGCCGGCUUGCAGCCUGUUUUCUGGACUCAAUGGCAACUCUGGGUUUGGCGGCAUACGGUUACGGAAUUCGCUACGAGUUUGGAAUCUUCAACCAGAAAAUCUCUAACGGUUGGCAGGUGGAGGAAGCUGAUGAUUGGCUGCGCUAUGGCAACCCCUGGGAGAAGGCCCGCCCUGAGUACAUGCUCCCAGUGCAUUUUUACGGCAGGGUGGAGUACACGGGGGAGGGGCCUAAGUGGGUGGACACUCAGGUGGUCCUGGCGAUGCCGUACGACACUCCUGUUCCCGGCUACAAGAACAACACCGUUAACACCAUGAGACUGUGGUCUGCCAAAGCACCCAAUGACUUCAACCUUCAAGAAUUUAAUGUUGGAGACUAUAUCCAGGCUGUGUUGGACAGGAACCUGGCGGAGAACAUCUCCCGAGUGCUUUAUCCCAACGACAAUUUUUUCGAGGGUAAGGAGCUACGUCUUAAGCAGGAGUAUUUUGUCGUGGCAGCCACUCUACAGGACAUCAUCCGACGCUUUAAAUCCUCCAAGUUCGGCAGCCGAGACCUCCGGCGCACUUCACUGGAGAACUUUUCAGAAAAGGUAGCGAUCCAGCUGAAUGACACACAUCCUGCUCUGGCCAUUCCUGAGCUCAUGAGGGUCCUCCUGGAUGUGGAGAAACUAUCCUGGGACAAGGCGUGGGAGAUCACCACCAAGACAUGUGCGUACACGAACCAUACGGUGCUCCCGGAAGCUCUGGAGCGUUGGCCUGUCUACAUGUUUGAGAAACUCCUGCCCAGACACCUGCAGAUCAUCUACGAGAUCAACCAGCGUCACCUGGACAGAAUCUCGGCGCUGUAUCCAGGGGAUACGGAUCGUCUCUGCAGGAUGUCUCUCAUCGAAGAGGGCGAUCCCAAGAGGAUAAACAUGGCUCAUCUGUGUGUGGUGGGAUCGCACGCUGUCAACGGAGUCGCUCGUAUUCACUCUGAAAUCGUCAAAACCACAGUUUUUAAAGACUUCUACGACGUUGAGCCCGAGAAGUUUCAGAAUAAGACGAAUGGCAUCACGCCCCGGCGCUGGCUCCUGCUCUGUAACCCCGGCCUGGCUGAGGUCAUCGCUGAGAAAAUUGGUGAGGAUUUCCUGAAAGACCUGUACCAGCUGAAGAAGCUGCUGGACUAUGUUGAUAACGACGCGUUCAUCAGAGACGUGGCAAACGUCAAACAGGAAAACAAGCAGAGGUUGGCUGCAUAUCUGGAGAAAAAGUACAAGGUUCAGAUCAAUCCAGAGUCCAUUUUUGACAUUCAGGUGAAGAGGAUCCACGAGUACAAGCGGCAACUGCUGAACUGCCUGCACAUAAUCACCUACUAUAACCGAAUCAGAAAAGAGCCAAACAAGAAGUUUGUACCCAGAACAGUCAUGAUUGGAGGCAAGGCAGCACCAGGGUACCACAUGGCAAAAAUGAUCAUUAAACUGAUCACCUCGGUGGCAGAUGUGGUGAAUAACGACCCGGUGGUGGGCGACCGGCUGAAGGUGAUCUUCCUGGAGAACUACAAAGUCUCACUGGCUGAGAAAGUGAUCCCAGCAGCAGAUCUGUCCGAGCAGAUCUCCACUGCUGGCACGGAAGCUUCCGGAACGGGCAACAUGAAGUUCAUGCUGAACGGCGCCCUCACCAUCGGCACUAUGGACGGCGCUAAUGUGGAGAUGGCGGAGGAGGCAGGAGAGGAGAACCUGUUUAUCUUCGGCAUGAGGGUGGAGGACGUGGAGGCCCUGGACCGCAAAGGCUACAACGCCCGUGAGUACUAUGACCGCUUGCCGGAGCUCAGACAUGCGGUCGAUCAGAUCUACACAGGCCACUUCAGCCCUAAAGAGCCAGAGCUGUUCAAGGACGUUGUCGACAUGUUGAUGCAUCAUGACCGGUUCAAGGUAUUUGCCGAUUAUGAGGCUUAUAUCAGCUGUCAGGAGAAGGUCAACAAGCUGUACACGAACCCUAAAGAAUGGACCAAGAAGGUGAUCAGAAACAUCGCCAGCUCUGGAAAGUUCUCCAGCGAUCGCACCAUCUCAGAAUAUGCACGUGAGAUCUGGGGGGUGGAGCCUACAGAUCUGAAGAUCCCACCGCCCAAUGAGCCUCGAGACUGAGGGGCGGGGCUGACACAGCGGACUGGCCAGUGACUUGAUGCGUACUGUUCCUUCGUUCUUUAAUACUGUGUGUGAGGUGUGAUUCAGUUUGGUCACAUGGUUAUGAUUUGAUGGAUUUAAAGAUUGAGGAUCUCCCCUUCCAUAGCCAGUAGAUUAUUCUGUGUGUGUUUUCAUGCUUCGACUCUUUAAUCCUGAAAGUGUAUAACAUUUUAAACCCCCCCCCCCCCCCCCUUUUUUUUUUUUUUGUGCCUUAUCCAACACCUUUGAUUAAAAUCUGCUAUUAUCACAUAACUUUGUGCCUGGAAGCUAGAAAAGCCAAAGAUAGUCUUCUCUUAUCUAUUGUGAAAUGUAAGGACAAUUUUAUACACUCUUUAUGCAAUUCUACUAAAGGGGGAAUGGGAGAAAAUGCAUUACAUUGUGACCUAGCAACUGCAGUUAGAACACAUUUAGCUCUGCUAGCACUUGUACUACGUAGCACAGUUAGCAAUUAGCACUUUCAGUUAUGUGCAGUGGUUAGCACUUGGUGUAUCUCAGCUCUUACGUUUUGGAUAUUAUUAUAUAGCACAGUUAGGAUUGAAGAAAUGCUAGCUCAUGUGUUGUGAUUAGCAUGGAUGCCGUGAUCACUGUCCACAUCAUCUGUCACUUUUUAAAUUAAAUAAUUAUAGAUUAUAAUUCUAAAGUUAAUGACUCAGCACUUUUCUUCAGCGCGCUAAACACUUGCAUUGCACUAAGCUAACGGAGGCGCGAGUUAAUCUUUAUUUGAGCUUUUCCUGACUCCAGGCCCAUGACCUACGUUGCUUCCAUUUGUUCUUCUAAAAUGUCUGGCAUCAAAACAAAGUAAAUCCAGUGGAACAUUAGAAGGGCAACAAUCCAACAUUUUUUAUGUUAAAAUCCGGUGUGUGUGUGUGUGUGUGUGUGUGUGUGUAAACAAGCCUCUUGUGAUCAUUAUACAUUUUGAAAAAUGUACAUGUGUAUCUUGAUGGAUUUUUGUGUUCAAUCAGAUUGUGGUUUUACACCCUUUACAUGAGCACUGUAUGAAAAAUUCAACACAUUUGCGUUCAGUUUAAAGAAUAAAGCUGUUUAAAAGGACGAACGGA